AGGCGCCCGCAGCAGCUACCGCCCCCUGCCCAAACCUUCCACGCCUGCGCAGUGCGGAAAGGUCGGCAUCGCGGAGCGCAGCUUCCCCUUCCGGCCGCGCAGGGGCUCCUGUCAACAUGGCCGCGGCGGGUGGUCGGUGGCGGUGGAUGCUUUGGGUGGCAGUGGUUGCACAUGUGGUGGCGUCAGGUACCGGUUUUGUGGAGGAUCUGAAUGAGUCGUUUAAAGAAAGCCGUAAAGAUGAUAUUUGGCUCGUAGAUUUUUAUGCACCUUGGUGUGGCCACUGCAAGAAACUGGAGCCUGUGUGGAAUGAAGUGGGUAUAGAAAUGAGAAACAUGGGCUCUCCAGUAAAAGUUGGGAAGAUGGAUGCAACUUCCUUUUCUAGUAUUGCAUCUGAAUUUGGAGUGCGAGGCUAUCCAACAAUUAAGCUCUUAAAAGGUGACUUGGCAUACAACUACAGGGGACCUAGAACCAAAGAUGAUAUAAUAGAAUUUGCUAAUAGAGUGGCAGGACCUCUUAUCAGGCCACUUCCUAGCCAACAUAUGUUUGACCACGUGCAAAAGAGACAUCAUGUACUUUUUGUGUAUGUUGGUGGUGAAUCUCCUUUAAAGGAAAAAUACAUUGAAGUUGCUUCAGAACUCAUAGUUUAUACAUACUUUUUUUCUGCCUCAGAAGAUGUGCUGCCUGAGUAUGUGAUGUUGCCUGAAUUGCCUGCUGUUGUGGUCUUCAAAGAUGGAACUUACUUUGUUUAUGAUGAGUAUGAAGAUGGUGAUUUGUCGUCCUGGAUAAAUAGGGAAAGAUUUCAAGGUUAUCUUCACGUAGAUGGCUUCACACUAUAUGAACUUGGAGAUACAGGAAAACUUGUGGCUAUUGCAGUCAUUGAUGAUAAAAACUCUUCAGCGGAACAUACCAGACUAAAAUCUAUUAUUCAGGAAGUUGCUAGAGAUUAUAGGGAUCACUUUCACAGGGAUUUCCAGUUUGGCCAUAUGGAUGGAAAUGAUUACAUUAAUAGUUUACUAAUGGAUGACUUGACAAUCCCUACUAUUGUUGUAUUGAAUACCUCCAAUCAGCAGUAUUUCCUACCAGAUAGGCAUAUUGAGAACACAGAAGACAUGGUUCAGUUUAUUAACAAUAUCUUGGAUGGUACUGCUGAAUGUACUGUAAGAUGGACAGAAGGCUUUGUUAUGUGGAUGAGGGGGGGGAUCAUGGAUCAGAGGUUUCAUGUGUGGUGAUGGGGCAUGAAGUGGGGCUGUGCUAACAAAUCAUUUGGCUUCCUCUUGAGAGAAGCCUAUGUUGGUUUAAGCCCCAGUUCACUGUAUAUUGCAAGCUUACUGUUUUGGCUGAAUCCCACUUUACUUUAUGUCAGCAGUUUUAGGUCAUCAGGUGGUAAUGAUAAUAAUGCUGUAGAUUGUUCAGUCCUAUGUGGUACAUUGGUUUAUUUAAUCUGACAAAUUGAUGUAGCAACAUAAUAUAGGUGGGGGUUUUUGCUAUUCAUUACUUGUCAUGCUUCUAGUUGGAAGGUGAGAGGUAUUCCUGUAAUUUAAUUGGUGGUUCUUUUGUUCUUCAGUUCUCAGUUUUUUAAUGCUUUAAUUGCAUUGAAUUAUGUUAUCAACACCUAAUUUGCUCUAUUAAACAUACCCUUCAGGUUGAAAUAACAAAUGACAUUGGUUUGUUUGGUUUUUGACUUUGAAGAAAUUCAUUUGUGAUGCCUUGUUUUUUCUGACAGUGUCACUUAGGUCUUGCUACCUUUUUGUUUCCAGUAUUUCAGCUAGAAUUAUUAAAUGUCUGUCUAAGCUCACAUCUGUAUCUAUGCGAAAGUGAUAAUGCAAGACAGACAAUACAGAAUGUGACUUCAUUUAAGCUUAAUUGCAUCUGUAGACAUAAACUGGCAUUACUUUGGCUACAUUCAGGCCUAAGAAAUUGUGCAGCUGUUGAAUGACAGUCUUCAAAGUAAACAAGUAACAUGAUGCAGCAUUUCUGAGCCACAGUGAAAUUUCUGAGAGGUGUAAUAUUUUCCUCUUCCCUCCUUUGGGAAGUGUUGUAUUAUCCACCUUGACUUUAUUGUCAUUUUCUGUAUGGCUCUAUAAGUAGCUUUCUAUGAGUCUGUUUCAUCUUUGUGGACGUUUUUGUAAUUUGAGGGGUUUUGGCCAGCAUCUGGUGCAGUUCAG